GUCACUUUCGUCAUCGGUAUUGACCGACCAACUUGGAGGAUCAGCUGUACUGUGGUUGCUAUACUAUUGCAUUACUUCUGCCUUGCAUCGCUUGCUUGGAUGGGUGUAGAAGCCUUCAACAUGUACAUGAUGUUUGUUAGGGUUCUGAAUUCAUACAUACCGAAGUUUCUACUAAAAUGCGCUAUGAUUGGUUGGGGCAUUCCAUUGGUCGUCGUCAUAAUAGCAGUUGCCAGCAAGUGGACAGCUUACCAAAAUUAUGAAUACUGUUUCAUUCUCCCUGGAUAUUCGUUAUACUUCGGACUGAUCCUUCCCAUCGGACUCAUCCUGUCAUUCAAUGGCAUCAUUUUCGCUAUGGUACUCUACAAACUGAGCUGUGGAAGGAUAUCAACCUCCAAGUCAAGCACAUUGGAGUCAAAGAAAGAGAAUAUCGUUAAAGCGCGCAUGGAAGCCAUUCGCCGCGCCCAAAACGCCAUCGCGAUAGGCACGCUGAUGGGUCUGACAUGGGCUUUCGGGUUUCUGUCUUUUGGUGGCGGUCGCUACUUGUUUAACAUCUUAUUCACCAUCUUUAAUUCCCUUCAGGGAGUUUUUGUCUUCCUUCUAUUUGGCAUCAGGCAACCAGAGCUGAGAGAAAAAUUGAAGAUGACUAAGAAGCGUUUUCUGCAUGGUGCAUCGUCUGCCCGUAGACGCAGUUCUGAAUUUUGGGCAUCGUCGAGUGGAGCACGUAUGACCCAGCGACCUUCUGACGUCACGUUCAUCUCGAUGGUUAAAACUGAUUCUGUUGCUGAAGGUCAGGCUUCCACGUACUUCGAAAGUACUCUUGAUACAGGUCCACCUUUAAAUAAAUUGUCGAAUGAUACCCUUCUUUAAUGACAGAACAGAAACAGAUCUCUAAGAUUCGAUACAGUGCGACCCAGAAAAAAACGAAACCGAGAAUUAUCGAUGUUUUA